AUGCUGGCGUGGGGGCGGGGGGCAAAAUGGAGCGGAGGCCGAGCGGAAAGCCGGGUCGCUGAGGGCCGGCGCUAGCGUGCGAGGGGGUGCCCGUGGAUGAGCGCGGUCUGAGGGGGAGCGGCGGCGGCAGCGAGCGGCAGGCCUCAGGCCUCGAGCUUCGGGCCGUAGGCCUCAGCUGCAGCCUGGGCUUCGGGCCCGGGCCAUGGCCGAGUUCGCGCUGCCGCGGCAUAGCGCGGUGGUGGAGCGGCUCCGCAAACGCAUUGAGCUGUGCCGCCGCCACCACUCGGAGUGCGAGGUCCGCUACGAACAUGCCGCGGCCGAGCGCCUGGAGCUGGAGCGGCAACACAGCCUGGCGCUGCACCAGCGCUGCCUACAGACCAAGAACAAGCGGGCGGCCAAGCAGCGGCCGCAGCCCCCGGCCCCCGCGCCGCCACCUCAGUCACAGCCCGGCUACACCGACAGCCCGCAGCCCGCCGCCGACCAGAGCCGGAGUAGCACCCUGCAGGCGCUUCAUGAGCGGGUGAAAAGAAAAUUGAAAGCCGACGGUUCUCCUCUGAAUGGAGAUCAGCUGAAUGGGUUUGUGGACGGGAGCUAUUUGGGGACCAAGAAGCUCCAAUUGAAUGGGGAAUUUGUGGUUAAUGGCUCCUCCAAUGGGAUGCCAUCUAUGUCUCCACUCCACCCAAGGGAAAAAAGGUCUGUUGCCAGGGAUGGAACCCAAGGCAAUGGGAAUCUACCUAUAAACUUGGACAACUUGAAGAAGGAAUGUCUUCCGGAUUCCAAUGUGCAGAUGAACGGAAACAGUGAUGGUGUUGAUGGCUUCACUCUUAUUAAAGAGCUGAAGCAAGAACCAUCUCUGGAUUUAGCUUGUGUCAACCCAUCAGGUACUUCUCUCUCCCAGAACAACAUGUUCCCGGAUAUUAACUUGAACGAACAAGAAUGGCAGGAGUUGUUUGAUGAAUUAAAUCGUUCAGUGCCAGAUCAAGAUAUACAGGAUCUUUUCAAUGAGGAUUUUGAGGAGAAGAAGGAUAUUGAACCAACUGGUUCUGAUCAGACCUCCUUAUCAGACAACAUCAUUAUAAAAACCGAGUUUUCUCCAUCCUCAUUUGAGCAUGAACAAACAGGAUCUCCGCAGCCUAGGCCAUCUCCCUCAGGACCUUCAUUCUCGAGCGUGUCUUUAGCUUCUGUGACUACUGCCCCAUCAGUCUCCCAGCCAGUUGCACAAGCCACGGGGCCGACUCCUGCAUGCCCAAGGCCUACAUCUAGUGUUCUCCUGCCUGGCAACCCAGCGAUGUCCUUAGAACGCUCUCAUGCGCAGCAGCUCCAGCAGAUGGCUGCCAACCAGAAGCAGAGGGCCCAACUCAUGCAGAAGCAGCAGGUACAACACUCCUCGCCCAACCAGGUCCAGAACUGGUCGGCGGCUCCUACCCAAAGUCCACUGGGCAGCCCCUUCAGCCUCGAGAAGCCCAGCAGCCCUUCGUUGUACCAGCAGGGCUUCAAUCAGAAACUUUCCAUGGCCAGCAUGCCACCAAAGAGCUCCGCCAAAGCUGGUGGCACCUACCUGCAGCCAAAUCGUGUGGCAAUGCUGAGCCAGCCUCCAAACUCUUUGGGGCCAAACUCCACGAGCAGCCAGGCUCCGUUGCUGAACUACGCUAACACUAAACGGUUGACCCAUUUUGAAAUGUCCGACGGCCAAAGAGUGGUGGUACAGAACCAGAACAAAACCGCAAUGUUUGCGUACAUGAGGCAGCAGCAGCAGCUUUCCCACCUCGGCGAGGAACAGAAACGACUGCUCGUGAUGAAACAAAAGGAGCUGACCCAGAGUAGCAUGACGUACAGACCUCAUCUGCAGCACAGCCAGGAUCAACAUCCAGGAAACGUCACCAGGACGCAAAAUACCGUCCAGGGAUCGGGUCCAACGACGCAGCCUCCCCCAGUUUCCAUUGCCGGCAGCCACGGCAACGCGGGUUACCUGAGUGGCCAACAGCAGGCUGUGGCCAUGAAGCAGCAGCUGCUGAUGGAUCAGCAAAAACAGCGAGAGCAGCAACUGCAGCUGAUGGAGCAACAGAAGCAGCAGUACCUGCAGCGGCAGCAGCAACUCCUGGCCGAGAGGGAGAAGCAGAGGAAACAUCAGGAGCAACAGUUACAGAGGCAUCUCACCAGGCCCCCACUUCAAUAUCAAGAUCAGCAGCAAAACCCGUACCAUGUUGAGCAGGUCAGCCAGUUUCAGGGUUCUCCUCAAGUUCUUCAAACGGUUGGAAAUCUGUCCACGUCAAGUCCAGGUGGCCCGCGAUUGUUCUCCCAGAGUCAAAACAUGAUCCAGAUUGCACCGAGCCAGAUUGCUGCCUCCUCCAGUGGCUCAGCUGCCUCCCAGUCAGAGCUGGGAGUGACCCAGUACAGUAACAUGCACAAUGUCCAACAGGGAAUGUACAACGUGGGCUCGAGUCUGAACCAAAUGCUUUCACAGGAUACGAUCACAAAUGGGCAGCAUUCAAACUCAUUGCAGAGGCAACCAAGUAGGACUCGAGGCACCCCCGUACUAACGGGGUACAGUCAGAAUCACCUCGGCAACUCCAGCCUUGCACAGCAGCAGCAGCUUAGCAAAGGACCUGUGAAUCAGGCGGUGUCAAAAACUCCCUUGCAGAGGUUACCCGGUGCUGUGGCGAAUCAGAAUUCCUCAUGGCAGCAUCAAGCUUUGCAAACCGUGAGCAACCAAAACCAACCCAGCAGUAACCUCGUAGCAUUCAGUAGUACCUCAACUUUCCAUGUGAGGCCAUCACACCCCAAAAUAGCAAGCCAGCAGUUUGUGCAGGGAAUGCCCCGUGCGAGUCUUCAGGCUGCCAGGCCGAUGGGAACUAUCAACUCCAGCAUCGGUGGACAGAUGAUGCCUACGUUAGGUGGCUCUCUGUCACAGACAAAUCCGCCCUCCCAAGCGGUUCCCAAUUUAACCCAGUCUGUUACGGACAUGGCAACCUUUGGCCCUGGCCAACAAAUGGGUGCAAGGAGCAGCCUCCACUGCAAUCAAAGUUUCCAGGUAAGAAGCUCCAGUCAGGAACUACCGUUUAGUUUCGGUGGUCAGGCUGGUGGCAGCACACUUCAGGGACUGCCAGGAGACACGGACCUGAUGGACUCCUUGUUGAAAAACAGGACUACGGAAGAAUGGAUAAUCGAUUUGGACGAGUUUCUGGGAUCUCAACAUUGAAAGGCAGUCUGUCACCAAUAUUUUGGGGAAAGUGUAAUUAUGGAUUUUUUUUUAAAAAAACAGUUUGGGACCAAAAAUAACUAUCGAAUCUGUGUGGCACAUGACAGGUGAAAAUGUAUGGUUGGGAAAAAUUUGUGGGCAGUUGUAAUAAUUGCUAUCUUACUGGCAAGUUGCACAAAGUUCUGGAGUAUCUCAGUGGGGCAGGCAGCAUCUGCGGACGGCGUGGAUCAGUGACGUUUUGGGGUGGGAUUCUUCAGACUUAAGUAGUCCUGAUCUGAAACACCACCCGUCCAUGUUCUCUAGCGAUGCCUGAGCCGCUGAUUUACAGCAGCACUUGGUUUUCUUUUGUAAACCAGCAUCUACAGUUCCUUGUGUCUCCAUGUCAUGUUACAAUUUUGUAUUUUAAAACAUAUACACCCACGUUAUUUAACACCCAAGCUCUUUUGAUCCAUUGCUGAUCAGGAAGUCUUAGGCAAAUCACUUCAUUCUUUUUCUCACCCAUCAGCUCACAACAGUCAAGUCAUGCAAGGGGAAAAUAUUGCAAUUGCUCCCUUGAAAUCCAGUCCAUCAUUUUUAUAUUGUUUCUGCCCCCUCUGCCAAGGGAAUGGCAUCUAUUUUUCUUCCUUGAAGACUCCUUAGUUUUUAUUCACAAUCACCUCUACCUUAAUUUCUAAAGAAUACUACAGCCUGAACAUAUCCAGAAUCUCCCAUCAGAUAAACCUUUUUCGCCACAUUGUGCAAUAUCCUCUUAUGUACACUUCUGUGGUGGGGCAGGAUUUAUAACAAGUAGCAGACUUCUUUGAAUCCAAUCAAGAAUGUACAUCUAGCCCCGCCAUGGCCCGUUCUACAUUUUAGUUGUGCUGCCUCCACCACAGUUUUUAUUUUUCUUCUCGGUGUAGUCAGUAUUUUUAUUCUUCAAGCUUCUUGCUUUUGGCUUGGUCUGCAACACCCUUACACUCCAGCUGCACAUUUCCAGACAGCAAGGGCUGGUUAGCUCUGUAAAGUAAUUGCUGGAGUUCUUGAACAUUUCAAGUGCUGCAUUUUUACAAGUCAUGCUAAUCGUCCUGAUCUUUGUUUUUCUUUUUGUUUUGGCAUAGUCUCUGUUUUAAAUUGCGGUUACUAUCCACUACUUUUUUACUUCCUGUAAAGUAAUUGAAUGGUGUAUAGCUGUUCAUUUGAGGGGAAGCAGGUUUUUCCCUUUUGCACUACUUAGAUUUCUGGGCUUUAGUCACGCUCAUCGAUUCUUAGAACUGUCGUGGUGAAGAGAUCGUUCAGCCUGUCAUGUCAGUUCUGGCUAAAUAAAUACUAUACCGCCUUAUCCCAACUUCCAGCACUAACUGCGCCCCCUCUUCAUAAACACAUCCAAUAUCUCAGCAAAUAUUAUGAAGAUUUCUGACUACCACACCCUUCAGGCACUUCCAAACCCAAAGUAAACAUAGAAACAUAGAAAUUAGGUGCAGGAGUAGGCCAUUCGGCCCUUCGAGCCUGCACCGCCAUUCAAUAUGAUCAUGGUUGAUCAUCCAACUCAGUAUCCCGUACCUGCCUUCUCUCCAUACCCCCUGAUCCCCUUAGCCACAAGGGCCACAUCUAACUCCCUCUUAAAUAUAGCCAAUGAACUGGCCUCAACUACCCUCUGCGGCAGAGAGUUCCAGAGAUUCACCACUCUCCGUGUGAAAAAAGUUCUCCUCGUCUCGGUUUUAAAGGAUUUCCCCCUUAUCCUUAAGCUGUGACCCCUUGUCCUGGAGAUGGGAAAAUGUUUGGGAAAGUAGGUGGGAAAAUGUUCACCCUCUCAAUGUAAUCAAUUACUUUUAUAUUGUUUGUUGACUCUGCUAAGGAAAUGGGGUUCCUUUUAUUCUUUGAUGGUUCCUCAAUGAUAUACAUGAUCACAAGAAUACAGCCCUACCUUAGAUACAGCACAGGGAUAAUCAGCCCACAAUCUCUGUACCGAACAUGAUGCCAAGACCAACUAUAACCGGCCUGCAGGUAAUCCAUAUCCCUCCAUUCCCUGUGUAUCCAUGUGCCGAACAAAAUGUCUCUUCAAUGCCACUAUUGUAUCUGCCUCCACCACCACCCCUGCCAGCGUGUUCCAGGCGGUAACCACCCUUUAGAAUAAAAAAAACUUGCCCUGCACAUUUCCUUUAAACUUAGCCUCUCUCACUUUAAAGAUAUACCCUCCAGUAUUUGAUAUUUCCAUUUUCCAUACCGAGAAAAUGGCUGUCAACUCUAAUUGCCGAGAAAAUGCCUCUAAUAAUUUUAUAAAUUUAACAGAUUUCUCCUCAAUGUCUGAAGUUCCAGAGAAAACAAUCCAAGUCUGUCCAACCUCUUUUAGCUAAUGCUUAAGCUUAGGCAUCAUUCUGAUAAACCACUUCUGCACCCUCUUGAGCCUCGACAUCCUUUCUGUAAUGGGGCAAUCAAAAUUGCAUGUCAUACUCCAAAUGUGGCCUUACCAAAGACCAUUAAAGCAGCAAAAUGACUUCCUGGUGCACUGUUCCAACCAAUGAAGGCAAUCUUAACAAAUGCCGCCUUUGCCACUCUACCUUUAUGAACUUAAAUUUUAGCAAUGCAGCAUGGAAAUGGGCCCUUCAACCCAUGGAGAGCAAGCCAACCAUUACCUUUUCGAUCUAGUUCUAUCUUAUCCCAUUUUCUCAUCCACUCCUUCCUUACACACUAGGGACAAUUUACAGAGGGCCAAUUAACCUACAAACCUGUACAUCUUUGGGAUGCAGGAGAAAACCAGAGCUCCCGGGGGAAACUCACAUGAUCCCAGGGAGAAUGCGCAAACUCCGCACACAGCAUCCAAGGUUGGGAUCCAACCCGGAAAUCUGGUGUUAUGAUGCAGCAGCUCUACCAGCUGCGCCACCGUGCCGCCCAACAGAUAAUGAAAACGGUAAGGGUUUGCCCUUGUACAGACUUUCUUAACACCUAAAUCUUUCCAUCAUACAGUCCAUCUACUCCCUAUGGUUUAGCUCCUUGCAGGUUCUCAGGUACAUAACUUUGUGGCUCUGGAAUAACUUGCAAUUUCCUGCCACCUUCCUCACUCUUCCCCCAUGUUAUGUGCAAAACAUUCCCAACAUUGAGGUUUAAAUCAUUACUUUACUAGACGUAAGGGACUGAGAACGGGCACCUCUCGUUUUUAGCGUGUUUGAUUUAUGCACUUUUUAAAUAAUGUGCUUGCUCAUUUAAUACCAAAGCUUGAUUUACGUGCUUUAAUUUUGAGCACGUUAUUUCUAAAUACGCCUGAUUUACGUGCUUGUACUUUUGAAAUAGCGCGCUUAAAUUUACACCUAGAAGCGUAGUCAGGUAUAUGUUUGAUUCAUGAGUUUUGGGAUUACGCGAUGCUUUGCAAGAGCUUAGCCACUGCGUAAAACUCGAGGAGCCUGAAGUGAGCACUGUAGGCCCCAAUAUUCCAGUCACACAAAUAUUUCCCACCCUUCCAUGUACCUGUCUAAAUGUUUCUUAAACGUUGCAGUAGGACCUGCCUUAACUACCUCCUCUAGCAGCUGUAAAAAAAAAAGUUACCCCUCUGGUUCCUAUUAAAUCUUCCCUCAUCCUAAAACUAUGUCCUGUGGUUCUUGAUUCCUCUUUUAUGCGGGAUUCUGCGUUUACCCAAUCCAUUCCUCUCAUGAUUUUGUACACCUCUAUAUUCAUCCUCCUGUGCUCCAAGGAAUAAAGUCCUAGCCUGCUCAACCUCUCCCUCUCUCUCAGUCUCUUGAGUCCAGACAACAUUCUUGUAAAUCUUCUCUGAACCCUUUCAAACCCUUUCCAGCUAUCCAUUCAUUACCUCACACUUCCCGACUGAACCAAUUUUUGAUCUAAUUUGUGACUACCUUGGGUCUAAUGGGUGUUUAUCUUAUUCGGGCAGAUAAUCGCAAUGAAUAACUACAUAGGCAAUGACCACUCUGGGUAGUUCAAUGAAAAUUCAUUCUAUUUUUCAUCUUUGGUGUCCUUUGACACAAUAAUACUGACAGUGAUGGCUCGGUACCUUGGGUGCACGUGUUCAUUAGAAGGGCCUGUUUCCACUCUGUAUCUCCAAAGUAAAGAAUUUCAAACAAAUGUGCUCUAUAAUGAACCCAGCAACGUGAAGCCAUUGCCCUAGCAUUGCCCAUGUUAAGUAACCAGCGCCCACCAGCAGAAAGGCUUGCCCCUGCAUUGGCAAAGUCUUAACACCCCAUGCAAAACGUGUCCACUUCUGCAAUGAGCAAUAUCUUGCACUUUACUCCUUUACAUCCUGUCUCUCCUCCCGAGAGAAAGAGGUGAGGAGAGAGCUUCUAAACUAGUCUGUACUCAUGGCACUGUGGUCCCUCCAGUGUUCGGGCCCUCCUGAACUCCAUUGAAAUAUUUCAGAAUCAAACUUGGCUCAACCUUUAUAAGCAGUUAGAAGUUGGGAAAGAUUAAUUGCACUAUGCAUCUGGCCCUGUUUCAGCCCAUUUUGUUUUUUGAUUGUGGCAACACGGGGAUGCAUUUCAUCUGUUAUAUUCCACCCUCUGCCUCAUCUUUGUCUAGUGGGGUUCCUCUCUGACAGAGUUGUGCCUCACAUUGAUCUGCCUCAUGCAAACUUGUGUCUGGGAUUUAAAGGUCAAAGAGUGAUACAGCGUGGAAACAGGCCGGCUCAACUUGCCCAUGCCGACCAACAUGUCCCAUCUACACUGGUCCCUGCCUACAUUGAGCCUAUAUCUGUCUAAUCCUAUCCUAUCCAUGUUCCAGUCUAAAUGUUUCUUAAAAGUUGCAAUAGUACCUGCCUCAACUACCUCCUUCAGCAGCUCGUUCCAUACACCCACCACCACAUGUAAAAAGUUACCCUGUUAAAUUUCUUCCCCCCACCCCCACCCACCUCAAACCCAUGUCCUCUGGUUCUCGAUUCCCCAACUCUGGGCAAGAGACUGCAUUUAUCCUGUCUAUUCCUCGCAUUAUUUUGUACACCUGUAUAAGGUCACCCCUUAUCCUACUGCGCUCAUCGGACAGGGUUAGACUUUUACCUUUGCCUGUGUCUGACCAUGAAUUAUCCAGGUCUACCAGCCAGACAAAUGAUGCAUUGUUAUCCCAACCAUCCAUUUCCCUGACUCGUGGUUGAGAUGUUUUACGGAAAAUACACUGCCCCUCCGAUCAAGGUGCUUGCAGUAUCUUAAUGUUUGAAUUAGUUAAAGUGUGUGUACAUAAAUGUUUACAUUUUUAUAAAAUUGAUAAAAGUAUUUAGGUCUUUGUCUGUAAUAUAUUUUUACAUUUUAGAGUUUAAAAAAAAAAAGCAUUUCUUGCUAUGAUUUUUGUAAGUCUUGAUUCUGCACUUGAUUAUAUUGACUUGUUCUGCCUAACCACGCUGUAUUUGGCUGUAAUGUCAGAUCUUAAACCCACACCACGCACCUUUUUUAGAAAUGUUCUGGCAAAAAAAAACCUAUGGCCAAACCUUGUUUGAAAGUUACUUCCCACACCUCUGAAGAAGGGUCCAGACCCAACACGUCAGCUAUCCAUGUCUUCCAGACAUGCUGCCUAUCCCGCUAAGUUACACUAGUACUAUAUUUCCCUCCUUUCUUCUAAAUUACGCAAAGUACUGGAUUAACUCAGCUGGUCAGGCUUCAUCUCUGGAGAACAUGGAAAGCUGACGUUUCGGAUCAGGUCCUGAAGAGGUCUGAAGAAGGGUCCUGACCCGAAAUGUCAUCUAUCCAUGUUCUCCAGAGAUGCUGCCUGAGCUGUUCCAGCACUUUGUGUUCUUUCGAGUAUUAACCAGGAUCUGCAGUUCUUUGUUUCUUUCCCCUUCCCCUGAACACUUGAUUACUUCUGCAUGUUUAAAUUAACAUGUAUCUGAGUUUGUUUAAGGAAUAUUAUGGUGCGUGUGCGGUAACUGUUAUCAAGCUGAAAUGACAUUUAUUUAUUCCUGAGAAAUAUGUUCUCGGUGAUCUUUUGCUACCAAUCCACGCGUCUUCCAGAAAUUAAUUGUUACUACUUCAGUCUAUUUGUUAUUCAGUUCAGUUCCCACCUCCCCAGGUAACUAACUUUAUCCAUUUUAUUCCUGCCAUCACAGGGAUUUUAAACUUGUUGUCACAGCACUUUGAAUAUUUCCUACUCAAAGCCAUUUCUUUAAACAGAAUAGCAAUUUUUUUUAAUGGAGAAUUAUGUAGCUUUUACUUUUUUUGUUAAUAUAAUUCAGGUAAAAUCUGUGUGUGCAGUUUGAACACGGCUGUAUAACUUUGUGUAAAGCAGGCUGUAUAUGGUGCUUGCUUUUCUUUUUGAUCCCUUAUAUUUUUUAAUGUUUUUUAUGUUAAAUUAUUUAAAUGGUAUAAACAUUUUUUUGAGUUUAACAAUGUAAUUCAGAAUAAGGCUGUCAUUGUGUAAACUUUUGGCACCAAUUCCAUGUAGAAUCCCAGAUUCCACGGUGACUGGUGAGAAUUUAAUUUGUGACCAACUACUCGCCUCUUUCCACGGGUUACAUUUGCUGUGUGUUUCCCUCUCUCCCUGCUCAAGGGCAAUCUGUAUAAUCACUCACUAAAAAUGCAUUAUAAUGACUGAAAAUUAAUUGCUCUUUGUUACUGUUUAAGCCACACAAUUGCAAGAACUUAGUGCGCAAAUCAAAUUCUAACCAGAUGGAUGUUGUUUGUAUCUGGGUUCCUUCACAUUAAUGGGUUCUGAUUUUUUUUCUACCGAGUGAAUCUGCUUACUAAUAGAGAUUCUAUCAUACGAUUUGCUUAUUUUGUUUUGAAAUAGAGGGUGACCUUGAACCUUAUGAAUUCUCCAGGGCUGUUUUGUACAACAGUAAUAUUCCGUUUCUAAAAUGCUUGGCAGAGGAGUUUUUCACACAAGUAAACAAGACACACAAAGUGCUGGAGUAACUCAGCAGGACAGGCAGCAUUUCUGGAGAACAUGGAUCGGUUUAGAACACGGGCCUGGAAAAGGGUGCUGUCUGACCCACUGAGUUACUCCAGCACUUUUGUGUCUUUCUUUUUGUAAACCAGCAUCUGCGGUUCCUUGUGCCCACAGUUCGCACUCCAGUAGUUCCGUCUCCAGUAGGCUGCUUCUGGCUCUCGCCUCCAUGUCUGUGAGGGGGUGUUUGAAGCAGCUGGCCACCCAUCUGCCAUCCUUACCCGAAGGGAGAUUAAAUUCCAGCUACAGUGCUCAGCCUGCCACUUAGUAACUUGUUCUGCAUGGUAUUAAAAUCCCUGGGGCAUGGUCAUGAAUCAUAGAACAUGCAGCACAAAGUCAGUACCAGCCAUGAUACCAAUUUAAAAUAGUUCCUAUAUCACAUCUGAAGAAUCUUGACCUGAAACGUCACCUAUCCAUGUUCUCCAGACUGACUCGCAAAAUUCUAGCAUCUGCAGUUCCUUGUGUCUAAUAUAAUUCCAUUUGCCUUCACAUGGUCUUGAUCCUUCUAAAUUCUGCUGGUUCAUGUGCCUGCCUAAAUAUCUCUUGAGCAUCACUAUCAUGUGUCUUUCCAUCACCAUCGCUCGCAGUGGAUUCCAGGCACCCACCACCCUCUGGGUAAAAAUAAAAAUAAUAAUCUUGCCUCACACAACUCAUUUAAAACUUUUCCCUCUUGCGUUAGACCAUUGUACACUAGUCUCUGACAUUUCCACCCUGGGGGGAAAAGAUUCUGACUGUCUACCCUAUCUAUGAAGCUCAUAAUUUUAUAUAUGGGCACCUUGCGUUUUACGUAUGCUUGAUUUGUAUGUUUUUGAAAUAACACGCUUGUUCCUUUUAAUACCAAAGCUUGAUUUACGGUUGGUAUUUUUGGAAUAACACGCUCAAAUUUACACCUGAUGGCAUAGUCACGUAUAUGUUUAACUUAAAUAUUUUUGCAUUACGUGUUGCUUUUCAAGCACGUAAUUCCAGUGUAAAAUGUGAGGAGCCAGUUCUUCUAUCAGGCCUCCCCUUAACCUUUAGACGUUACAGAUACAGCAUGGAAACGGGCCCUUCGACUCAGCAAGUCCGCGCCAACUAGCAAACACUCCGUACACUCGCACUAUCCUACCCACCAGGGCCAAUUUUUACCAAAGCCAAUUAACCUACAAAUCAGUAUGUCUUUGGUUCUUGAAGCUCCAGUGAAAACAAAGUAAAUCUGUCCCUGUCGCUAAUAGCCUCUAAUCCAGGCAACAUCUUGACAAACGUCUUCCAAAGCCUCCACGUUCUUUCCAUGAGGCCAUCAGAACCACUGAGUGUGGCAUCAUGGGGUCUUUAGCAGUGUUGGUAGCACUGAUACAUAGUUUAUCUGUAGUACAGAUUUCAGAGUUAACUGAUUUAUUGUCUUGAGGUGGGCAUUUAACAAACACAACAUUUAGGCCAAACGCAAAUUGGAGGAAUGGCUUGGGCAACUUAAAACCCAGCGGGAUGUAUUGAUUUCGUUAAGGAACCCUUGUGUCCCCUCUUUCUCCGUCCCUCCCCCACCCUUGUCGUCAUACUAGUUUCACGGUCGUCCUGCUGAGUUUCAUUGUUUGUAUCACUCAUUAUCACCCUCUCCACAGCCAACAAUGGACCAUUGUGGACUCCAUCUUUUCUUGAUCCUCGUUGCUGGCUUUGAUUUGUCCUUUUGCAUAUCUGUCAUUCAUUUGUUCUAUGUUCCUUUUCAUAUUUCUCAUUUCCCUCUCCCCUCACUUGCAGUCUCAAGAAGUGUCUUGACUUGAAACGUCACCUGCCCAUGUUCUCCAGAGAUGCUGUGUGACCCGCUGAGUUACUCAAGCACUUUGUGUCUAUCUUGAACAUUUAACUUGUUUACUGUGGUUAACAACUUCCUGCAGUACGGGCCCUUUUUGAGUUUGUGUCUCUGGUUGAGUGAGGAUCAUACUACCUUGGCAGCGUGUGGCCGAUUGUGUGGGGAUGCUAUUACUGUUUGGUGGGUAGGUUUAAUUUUAAACACACUCUGGAACUUGAACUGACCAGACUACAAUAAAGGGAUAGACACAAAGUGCUGGAAUAACUCAGCAGGUCAGGCAGCAUCUCUGGAGAAAAAGGAUGGGUCAGGAUCCGUCUUCAGACUGAAAAAGUAAGACGAGCGUCUGAAAAACGUCCCCAUCCAUUUUCUCCAGAGAUGUUGGUUGACCUGAGUUACUCCAACAUUUUGUGUGUCUAUCUUUGGUAUAAACCGUCAUCUGCAGUUCUUUGUUUUGGCAACUACAACAGGGAUCAACUGGAGUCUCGCCUCCCCUGAUUGAUGUGGCAAUGGAUCACACUGUUCUGAGCUACAACCACUCUCCCGCCUCCCCUGCUACCACCACAUCCUUGUUAUAAUUACCCUCAACUGCGGUUUGGCCAUGGUGGGUUUUUUUUUUUUCUAUCAUAAACUACAUGUAUCUGUAAAUAUAACUCAAAAUCUUAGGAAUCAUGUGUGAAUAAAGACUUCUUCAUGAUA